UGCAGCACUGUGGUCAGACUGGACAGGGCCGUGCUGCACAGAGCCACGUUCUCUAUCUGAUAUCAAGAUGGACCAGGAAGAAAUGUUGGCAAAGCUGAAGAAGGACAUUCGUUCUUUGCUUAUUUCGUCUAAGUUUGGCUUAGAGGCUGAUCGGCUAAGGCGAGACUAUGUGACCAUGUUGGGGCAUCCCAUGCCCUUAAAACAACUGGGCUUCAGAAACAUCAUGGAUAUGGUGAAGGACAUGCCUGACGUUGUGUCGGUUAACUUCAGGGUAGAUGGCAGCAUUAAUUUGAAAGCUAUAGGCGACGAUUCAACCCGAAGCAUCCAGGAGCUGGUAGCUAAGCAGCGCACAUCAAAGAAUGACAAGACGUUCAAGAGGGGAGGGGUCAGCUACUUCUCCCCCCGGUACUGUUACAAGUACGCCCCUGUAUUUCUUCCCAGAAGAGGCCGUGUUCCUCCGCCUGUCCCUGCCCAGCUGAGGGCUCAGCUACGCAUCCUGCUCAGCCAGGGUCCCCUCAGGUUAUCCGACCUGGAGUCUAGCUACCUGCGCUGCUUCGGCCAGCCGCUGCGUGUCCACAACUACGGCUUCUUCUCCACUGGAGAGAUGCUGGAGGGAUUGGCAGACCUGCUCUUUAUCCAGCAGGGCAGGCAGGGCUCAGUACUGACCCUGAGGGAACAUAUGGUGCCAAAGCCAAUGUUCAAACCAUAUAGCACCCCUAAGAGGACUGGACUCAUUAAUUCAGUAUCCCCUAGAAAUGACAUGCCAACCUCCAAAAGGCAAGAUACCAGAGCUCCGACACAAACAAUAUCCCAAGCUAAAGUCCAAGUGAAGCAGAGUCCCCCGAAUCAGCGCACCCAUGUGAAUACCUUUUUCCCUGUUCAAAAAGAGUCAACGAAUGUCAGUAACAUGCCACAGGUGGUAGAGAAAAACCGUGAAGUGGACCCAGACCUCUGUCAGGAAGGUCAGCUCUUUCAGAAACGUGUCCUCAAGCUGGAGGAGGAGCUUCGCCUGCAAAUACUUGAGAAUGGAGUCGCUGGCUCCAUCAGUCGGGAUCUGAAGGACAAGCUACGAAAGGUUGUAGGUCAGAGCAAUGGUGGAUUAUCUGUGCACGAUCUGCCUGCUGAGUACAAGAGGCUUUUUGGGGAGGACUUUCCACUGCUUCAGACCGGCUUUGUCAGUGUCACAGAACUAGUCAGUGCCAUGGGUGACACCUUCAACCUGAAACCUGUAGUGGGCAACAAUGUGGACUGGAUAGUCAUGGACAUGCAGGACUGUGAUGAUACACAAUCAGUAGACUCAAAAGCGACUUUAAUGAACAGUUUGAAGUUGCCAGUUAAGAGCUACUAUUUCAGCUGUGGAGAGUCUCCUUGGGAACGCCAACUGGAAGAAGACGAUGAGAAAUCCACAGCAGACGAGAAGAAAGAGGAUCUAGUAGAGACCAAUACCACUUUGAAGAGCACCACAAUGGUCCCCCCAGGUUUGGACGAGGGUGGCCUGGAGGGGUUUCGAGGGACCGAGCUUACCGCCCCAGCCCAAACUGCCAACGAGCCGCCUCGCAGGCCCGUGUGCGUCCGACGACAACCUUGGACCUACAAACAUCCAUGA